AUGUUCUUCAGCCUAUUCGUGGUGUUCGUGAACCUCGUUCUGAGCAAUGCAGCACCGGCGCCUCUUGAAGUGAAGUUCGAGAAAAGAGCUGAUCUGCCGCUCUUGACGCUUCCGUAUGGAACGUAUAGAGCUUCCAGCUACAACCCAAACGGUGAUAUAUAUACCUUCAAAAAUAUCCGUUUCGCCGCACCACCAGUUGGACCACUACGCUGGGCUAAGCCUGCCCCUCCAGCACAAGAGACAGGAGUACAAGAUGGGUCUUAUGGCCCGAUAUGCAAACAGGCGCCCAUUAAGGGACCUCAGUUGACCGGCCCCGGAGCCAGCUCGCCAAUCGGUCAAGCGCUGAAUCAAUUUUUGGGCGGUAUUCCUAUACCAAGUUUCAAGGCUGCGAAUGAGGAUUGUUUGUUCCUCGACAUACGUGUGCCCGGCAAAGCCAUUCGAGAUCCGUCACUGAAGUUGCCCGUGAUAUCCUGGUUUUAUGGCGGGGCCUAUAUAUUUGGGGCAAAAGAUCAAUUCGGAGAUGUUUUGCCAUUGUACGACGGUGUCGGAUUGCUGCAGCAAUCAGGUGGUAAUGUGAUCUUCGUCUCCAGUAAUUAUAGGCUUGGCGCUUACGGAUUUCUCGCUGGUUCAACGAUGGAAAAGGAAGGAUUGCCUAAUGCUGGCCUGUAUGAUCAGCGUGCCGCUCUCCAAUGGAUUCAAGAUUACAUCGGCCUUGUGGGCGGCGACAAGACGAAGGUCUCUGCUUGGGGCGAGUCUGCCGGCGCCGGGUCGAUUUUGCACCACUUGACAGCAUUCGGAGGCAAACAAGACCCUUUGUUUUCCAAGGCUGUGUUGCUAAGCCCAGCUUUUGCGCUGGAGUUCGAUCGCAAGGGCCAGCUUCAGGACACUUUCAACAACUUCACCGCUCUUGCAGGCUGCGCUGGACAGGGUGUCGCUUGCUUGCGUGCAGCCAGUGCCGAUGCCCUCGACAAUGCGAACGUGAAGCUGAACGAGGGAGGACCAAGCGGUACAUUCGCUGUCGGUAUAGCCGCCGACGGGGCUUGGGUCCGCCAAUUGGCCAGUCUUGAACUUGCUUCAGGCAAUUUCCACCCUAUCGAUUCCAUCAUUCUCUCCCAUGUCUCAAAUGAACCCGACCUAUUCAUACCCACCAACGCCAUUACGGAUGCUGAUUUCUCGUACCUCCUCAACUUCACCUAUCCCGCCCACGCUCAAGAAGCCGGCGUGAUUGCAGCAAUAGAAACCCACUACCCACGUGUCAUGAACAACCCAGGCUCUCCUUACGCCACCGAGCGCGAUCGCCUCAAGGCAUACAUCGGCGACUCAAGCUUCUAUUGCAACACCCGUUACCUCACGGAUGCCUACAGCGGCAAGAACUACAACCUCCAAUACUCCGUCACGCCCGGUCUCCAUGCCACUGACUUACUGCCCACAUUCUACAACCUCAAUCUAGACCUCUCAGUCUUUGGCUCGGCAGUCUCAUUCCCUCUGAUUCCAGGCUUCGGAUCUUUUGCACAAGCUUAUCAAAGCUAUUUAACGUCCCAUGCGCGCUCGGGAGAUCCGAACACGUACAAGAAGACAAUCAAUCUUCCGCCUGCGAUCACCUGGCCGAAACCGGACAAUAGUGGAGAUCAGGUGAAAGGGGUGCUGAAUGCGGGCGAUCUUGGCUUUUCGGUCAUUCAGGAUGAUGAGACGGGGAAGGGGCGGUGUAGUUUUUGGAAGGAUGUCGCUGCUGCGGUGACGAGUGCAGGUGGUUAUGCGCCGCCUGGGGCUGUCGUGCAGAGUGGGUUGACGGGAGUGAAUGUUGGGAAUAAUCCGAGUGGGAAUUAUGGUAGUUGA